CAAAUGAAGUUCCUCUGGCUGGUUUUACUGGCUUGUGUUGCUGCGGAACAUUGUGAUAAGCCCUGUCCCAUUAAAGAUAACCCCGGAUGUGCCAGCAGGGACGGAAAAUGCUUUUAUACCGUUCGCAAUCCAUGUGUGUUGCAGGCAAUCAACUGCUAUCGGAAGUCGAAAAGCUUAUCUGCUCUGAAACCCGUUUCUCGCAGCAAGUGCAACAAAAACCAACUUCCAAUAUGCGACCAUAUUGAUACAUCAUAAAUGAGUAGAAACAAAACCCAAUUCAUAAUUUUUUAUUAAUAAUGUAUGUAAAUGUUUGUAUUAAAAUAAUCG